GCUGAGCAAAAAUCAGGUUCAUGCCUGGAGCCUUCCAGGCUUCUUUUCACUCAGUGCUCAUCUGCUUGUGCAAGCGCAGCUCCAUUCUCCCGCCGCCCUGAGAGGAGGAAGGAGCAGCCCCUGCUGCCGAGGUGCUUCUAGCUCUCUGCAAGCGUGCAGGAUACAGCGUUCCCGAGGCCGGCUUGCUGCAGCUGAGGAGACAGCACUCAUAGACCCCCCUUUGAUUAGGAUGUGUCAGUGUUGUCAGGGCAACUGUUAACAGCGGCGUAUCAUAUUUUCUCCUCUUGUGUUGCGUGCUGAAUAUUUUAGCACGCUGUAGCUGGAAGAGGGUUGCAGGGAAGAAGGUGCUGCAGCAAGGAACCUGGAGCUGUGGGCUGAGAUCUGACUGAACAAGUUAAGACGGAGAAGAGCAGCAUCCAAACCAAUGUGCCUUUAAUUAGGGCUUUCCUUCAAGGUGGGAAAGACUGCAAGCUUUUUGCUGCUGACUGGAUGUUGGUAUUUGUCAGCUGUUUGCAUACUGCUUAUCCAUAGGGGAUCUGUUACAAGUGCUGAAAUGAACAGACAGCGUUGCAGCUAGUGGCUAAGCAGGGGCUGGAGUUUCUUGCUUUUUUAUUUUAAUAAGCAAGAAGCAACAGCAGCAUGCCUGGUUCAAGUACUGCCCUCCGACAAGAGAGACUGAAGAAAAGUGCCAGGCCAAAUCCUCCGGGUUUAUUCACCAUUGAUGAAGAGGAUGAGCAGCAAAAGAACGGGAAUUCCAAAAGACUGAAAGCAGCUGAAGGUUCUGAAACACAAGACAAGAAAGUCACUUCAGGACAAAGCAACACUGGAACUAAGCCAGAUCAUCCAACAGUACUAAAGGUUGAUGACAGGCAACGGCUUGCCAGAGAACGGAGAGAAGAACGAGAAAAACAGCUAGCUGCAAGAGAAUCUGUCUGGUUAGAAAGAGAAGAGAGAGCCCGGCAACAUUAUGAAAAACAUCUAGAGGAACGCAGAAAGAAGCUAGAAGAGCAGAGACUUAAGGAAGAGAGAAGGCGAGCUGCCGUAGAGGAAAAGCGAAGGCAGAGAAUAGAAGAAGACAAGGAACGACAUGAAGCUGUUGUACGUCGCACAAUGGAGAGAAGCCAGAAGCCAAAACAAAAGCAAAACAGAUGGUCCUGGGGAGGAGCACUACAUAACCGCAUUAGUAACACAGAUCGAGACAGGCGGUCUGUUUCAACAAUGAACCUUUCGAAACAUGUUGAUCCAGUCAUUAACAAGCGGCUCUCCUCCUCAUCUGCAACAUUACUAAAUUCUCCAGACAGAGCUCGCCGUCUUCAGCUCAGUCCAUGGGAGAGCAGCAUUGUUAGCAGGCUCCUGACGCCCACUCACUCAUUCCUGGCCCGAAGUAAAAGCACAGCUGCAUUGUCUGGAGAUGCAGCAUCUUGCAGCCCCAUCAGUCCUCUGUCCUACAAGGCCAUGAACUGUAGGAAUUCAGGAGAACGAGCAAAGCUUUACGCUUCUACUGAUGCCGUUGGACGUAGGAGAACAACAACGCACCUUGCAGGGACUGACAAAAAAGAAAAGGAGAGAGACUAUUUGACAUCCAGCUUCUCAGCCAACUUUAAAGGAGGUCAUUUUACUUCCAACCCCAAAGCUAGAUCACCAGCUCCCUCUCCAGUUUGGCGUGCGUCAAAAUCUUUGCCUUUUUUGCCUGGCACACCCAAGCAGAUUACUUCCCCACCUGGUUCCUCCAAAAUUUCCUCUGCUCAGACACGUCCUCCUUCUCCUGGCAACAUCCGACCAGUCAAAAAAGAGGUCAAGCCAGAGGGUGAGAAGAAAAGACCAGAAAAAGAGGCUGGAAAGGCCAGUGAGGAGAGGACAGAAGAAAGUAAAGUAACUUCAGCAGGUGCUGGAGAAUCUGCAAGUCAGGAGCAGCUCACUGUCCAGGCAGAGCCCACUCAAGCAACCAGCCCAUUCCUACCUCCUGCUCCACCAGCUCUUGCUUCACCCCCAGCACCCCCCAAGACCUCUGCAGGUACAACUGACCCCGAAGAAGCAACGAGGCUGCUGACUGAGAAGAGGCGCCUUGCCCGUGAGCAGCGGGAACGGGAGGAGCAAGAAAGGAGAGAGAGAGAAGAGCUUGAAAGGUAAUUCUAGACCUCUCCAGUGGAGAAGG